UGCGUUCUUUCUUUUGGGGAGAAAUGACAGAUGGGUGCCAAUGACCGGAAGCGAUGCAGGAUGAGCUCAGAAAGGUGGAGCUGUUGGCAUGGGUUGCACACUUGCGCUACAUGAACUGGCUCUGCAGCGAUCCAUUUGUGCAGAGUGUCACGCUCUCCUGCUUUGGCGCGGAAUUGAUACUUUGCCGCGGACGGGGUUCGGUCAGUCUUUUUACGCCCUUCCCGAGGGAGCUUCACCGUCUCUAAAGAGCGUCCUGCGGCAUUUUGCCGUGGAGGUGUCUGAAAGCAAUUUGGCUUUGCCACGGCUUCUCACCGCUUGCAGCGCAGCACGCUUGGGUCAGGGAGAUCCACUUGAUGUGGCAGUGUGUUUUGCUGCACUUUGCAGAGCGCUAAACAUCCGUGCCCGGCUGGUGCGCAGCUUUUGGCUUGGGCCUGCCCAGGGUGCGUCUAUCGCUGCUCAACAAUUGGAAAAACCAUCGCAGCAGCUCUGGCAACGGCUUACGAAAGGUGGCCUCAGUGAUGAGAAAGCACUAAGCAUUGCCUUAGAGAUCGAAGCCACAGGAAGCUGCGUUGCAGAGACUUCUCUUUUGGCUUAUGCAGGUGCAGUGCACAAAAGAGAUGAAAAGAACUGCGCAAACAUCACCUGUUGGGUGGAAUGCUUUGAUGUCGAAACUGGAGAUUGGCUUGCCGUGGACACUGUGGGCCCUUUUCUAGCUGCGGCGCCGGUGGGUUUGUGGAUGCGCCCAGAUGCUACAUGGAUUUGCGCAGCCGAUGAUGCCUUGCAAGGGCAGGACUUUUGUGAGCUCACAGACCAGACCGAGCGGUAUGUAAGCAGGGCCUACCUCCGACGACGGCAAGCUUUGGGCAACUGGGACACCUUGCAGUUCUGGUGGCAAGCAGUGCUUCGAGAUUUGUCUGGAGAUGUGAAUCACGUGAGAUGUCAAUCAGUUCAACCAAAGGCGCGGCCAAAGGCGCGGCCAAAGGCGCCAAAGGAGCGGCCAAAGAUGCCGCAGAGGGCUUCGAAGGUGCAAAAGAAGCUGAAGGUGAUUGGCGCCAGACGUUCAGCCCACAGAAAACGCAAAUUAAAAACUACUGGGAUGACUGGAUUUCCGAGUAUCGAGCCUUUCAAGACAAAUGCACUUAAACUGCAGGAGUUCAUCAAGAGCUGUGGCCUACUUCCCUGGCCCAAAAGCGAAAAUCCGGAGGAGCGCAUGCUUGGCCGCUUCUUGCAGAAUGUGAAAACUCUGAAAGCACGAGGUAGGCUCAAAGCCUUUGUGCUUGAAUGCCUUUUCUCGCGUUGUCCACUGUGGCAUGACAUGGUCGAGGCAGUCCCAGUGGUACCUACAGCUCCGAUCGAGUUUGAGACAGAGGAGACCGAGGAACCGAGGUCGGAAAGGUCUGCCACCAGAUUCUCUUGGGUCCGCGCAAGUUUGGGCCUGGCCCGGUGCAAAAGUGCCGAUGAGCGGCGUGCUCUGCUCAGGAAGAUGCAGCUAGAUUUUCAUCCAGACAAAAACUUGGAAAAUCCGGAAGAUGUACGGCCAAUGUUCGAUUUCGUGCAAUCCAUGUGGGAGAGGGAGUUCCGCAAUGAGUCUGUGAGGCAGGGAUGUGACUGUGAAGAACUCUUGAAGCUGACAGUAUUAGCUAACAGGCUUUCAGCACUAUUGAACAGACUGUUAUAUACCGUGUUAAAUUUGUGGCACACCCAUCAAGCUGUUUUCGCCUCGUCUUUCUUUUUCUCAGUUGGUUUCGAAACCGCACGCCUGGACUACCUGCUGGUGCUUUAGCCGAUGCUUCACAGGAUGAAACCCAAACAUUUGUGCAAUUGCAUCACUUCCAUCUAUGCAUUCGAGGCCUCUUUGAGUCAAAACAUGCCGAAACACAUGACAACCAACGACCCCAUCGAAGGACACAGACUUUCGAGACUGUCCGCAUCACGUCAUCGAAGGUAAGACUUGAUUCGACCGGGAUGAGGUUGAAGCAGGAGAGGGAUGACGGUAUUCUACCGCAGAACGUGCAUGCUUUGCGGCUAACUGGGGCGGAGUGGCCAAGUGCAAGGCAGCGCUUUUUACAGGAAGAAUGGGGCAAUGCAGAAAAA